AUGGCUGAAUGGGAGUACGACGACUUCGAUGACUUCGACGACGGCCUCGAUGAGUUUGGAAUUGGUUACGGCCUACCAAUGGCCGAUAUACAAACCACCCCCCUCCAUACCGCUGCCCGACAAAGGAAUAUCUCUCAAGUCGAAAGUUAUCUAAGUCAUGGGGCGAACGUCAAUACGUGUGAUGGUCAGGGCAGAAAUGUUUUGCAGGUGGCUAUCCUACAAGAAAAUAACGAAGGAAUUAUACGGCUUCUCCUCAGAUAUGGGGCUGAUGUCAUCGGCUGUAGUGGCCCCCAUGGAAAUGCUUUGGUCCAUGCAGUCCGUGCAAACUCAAGCAUCAUACAACUUUUAUUGGACCAUAUUGCAUCUCAGGGUAGUGACUAUCAUACAGCUUUAGAGAGUGCUCUAUAUUAUGCCUCCGAAACAGGUCAGCUACAAUCAGUUCGAAUACUCUUAGCUCGAGGUGCGAACCCUAACGCGAGAGGUCCUAUGUAUGGGAGUGCAAUACAGGCGGCAGCUCAUUAUGGGAGUGAAGAAAUAGUGCAAACUCUUUUAGAUGCCGGAGCUCAGGUAAACGCCCAGGGAGGAUAUCACGGUAAUGCGCUGCAAGCCGCGGCAAGGUAUGGACAACUGCACUUAGUACAAAUGUUAUUAAAAGCUGGUGCAGACGUCAAUGCUCAAGGGGGUGUCGAUAGAAAUGCUUUAACCGCGGCUACAGUACAAAAGCAUAUAGAGGUUGCCAAUAUUCUUCUACAAGCUGGCGCAAAAGAUGACAUGAGUGAACAUGAGGGUUUGAGCGACGUUAACAUGCCUGCUGAUAUAGGACUUGACCUAUUUGAAUAUGUACAUUAUUAA